AUGCCACUUCCCCCAUCAGCCUCUUCGUUGCUGUUCGGUUCAUCUGCUAUCGUCACCGCUACUACUACAAGUACAUCCACAGGCAGUGCCAUUGCUUCAAGGAGACUCGCCCAGUUAUCGCGAACCCUCACAAGUUCAGCAAGAAUGACGACUACUCCUACUCAAAAACACAGGGUGACCGUUGUGGGGUCUGGGAACUGGGGGAGUGCAAUUGCUAAAAUUGUAGCCGAAAAUACCAAAGCUAACCCUGAGCUUUUCCAUCCGGAGGUUAAGAUGUUUGUAUUUCCUUGCUAUUCUGAAGUUUCCUUGGACUUAGACCUGACCCGGACUUUCUCGGAGGACAGGUGGGUGUAUGAAGAGAAAUACCAACUGCCCUCAACUCAUUCUGCCUAUGAUCCAGCCAAACAUGCUGAGCCCCAAAAGCUCACAGCUUUAAUUAAUUCCCUUCACGAAAACGUCAAAUAUCUUCCUUCAAUUCCGCUACCCGAUAACAUUAUCGCAACACCAGAUAUUUGUGAUGCGGCCUCCGACGCAACUCUGUUGGUCUUCAACGUCCCUCAUCAAUUCGUAUCAAGCAUCUGUAACCAGCUUAAUGGGACUUGCCUUCCAUAUGCCCGUGCGAUUUCAUGCAUUAAAGGAGUAGAUGUGAGCCCCGAAGGUAUCUCACUAUUCUCAGAUACCAUUGGUAGGCGACUCGGUAUUUACUGUGGUGCGCUUUCCGGCGCAAACAUUGCGAACGAGGUUGCUGCUGAGAAGUUUUCUGAGACUACCAUCGCCUAUAACCCCCCGACAGGUCCAACUAAAGACUAUCCUAAUGGCCUUGAAGAGGUCCCGAAGGAACUACCAACGGUCGACCAUACACUCUUCAAGACCCUCUUCCAUAGGCCCUACUUCCACGUGCGCGUUGUUUCCGAUGUAGCUGGUGUCUCCCUCGGCGGCGCGUUGAAGAAUAUUGUCGCAAUUGCUGCUGGCUUUGUUGACGGUCUCGGCUGGGGUGAUAACGCUAAGGCUGCUGUAAUGCGUGUUGGACUUCUUGAAAUGCGUAAAUUCGGCAAGAUGUUCUUUUCUGAAAGCUGCAAAUCGGCCACCUUUACUGAAGAAUCAUGCGGUGUUGCGGAUCUGAUCACCUCGUGCAACGGUGGUCGAAACCACAAGUGUGCUAAACUCAGCAUUCAAAAGAAUAAACCUAUCGAAGAAAUCGAGGCCGAGGAACUGAAUGGGCAGAAGUUGCAAGGGACCAGCACCGCAAGUGAGGUCAAUGAGUAUUUGAAACGUAGGGGACUUGAAGCUGAGUUCCCUCUGUUCACCGCUGUUCACCAAAUUCUCAAGGGUGAAAAGAAGGUCGAACACCUUCCUGAGCUAAUUGAGAGAGUGUAA